GCAGCAGCCUGACGCUCUGGACUGAGGCUCUGGAGUUGUGAAUGGACGGGGGGGCGGGUUCACUGGAACACUCGCAGCUCUCCUCCUGCUGCCUCUGGAGGAGCGCACAGAGAAAAGAGCAGUCAGACAUGGAGCAGCAGCAGCAGCUCUGAACAAACACACACACACACACACACACACACACACACAGAUCCUCGCUUUCUUCACACACACAUUUACUCACUUGAUCUGAAUUAACUGAGGAGCGCUAGCAGCAUCGAGGAGUCUUGAAUAAGAAAGUAAAAACAGGAUGGAUGCUUCACAGCUGAUUUUCCUGCUGCUGUUGUACGGAUAUCUGCCAAAAGUGUUAUCGGUGCAGAUGUGUGACGUGGUGAACGAGAUCGAGCAGGAGAAGGAGCGCUGCGAGAACAGCACCUCUGGGAACAUCACUUCAGGUUGCCAAGGAACAUGGGACAUCAUCGCCUGCUGGCCGUCAGCGAGGGUGGGAGAGGUGGUCACAAUAACCUGCCCCACGUACUUCAGCUACUUCAGUGACCAGCACAAAGGUAACCUCUCCAAAACCUGCACGGCAAACGGCUGGACCGAGAUGAGGCCUAUAGAUAUCGCCAUAAACUGUGGAUACAAUCUGAACAGCACCAGCGAUGAUGGCAAGUUUUUCUGGCAGGUGAAGAUUGGCUACACCAUCGGUCACAGUGUUUCCCUCAUCUCUCUCUCCACGGCUAUUGUGAUCCUCUGCAUCUUCAGGAAGCUCCAUUGCACAAGGAACUACAUCCACAUGCAUCUGUUUGUGUCAUUUAUCCUGAAAGCCAUCGCCGUGUUCAUCAAAGAUGUGGUGCUCUACGAGGUCGGGGAGGUUGACAACUGCUCGUCAGGCUCGCUUGGCUGCAAGGCAGUGAUUGUGUUCUUCCAGUACUGUAUAAUGGCCAGCUUCUUCUGGCUGCUGGUGGAAGGUCUUUAUCUUCACGCAUUGUUGGCGGUCUCUUUCUUCUCCGAGAGGAAGUACUUCUGGGCUUACAUUCUGAUCGGCUGGGGAGGUCCGACAAUUUUCAUCACAGCUUGGAGCAUCGCUAAAACCUACUACAACGAUGUGGGGUGCUGGGAUAUAAUCGAGAACACCGACGUCUUCUGGUGGAUCAUUAAAACGCCUAUAUUGGCAUCAAUCCUGAUGAACUUCUGUCUGUUCAUCUGCAUCAUUCGGAUACUUCGCCAGAAAAUCAACUGCCCGGAUAUUGGAAGAAAUGAGUCCAACCAGUACUCGAGACUGGCAAAGUCGACGCUGCUUUUGAUUCCGCUGUUUGGGAUCAAUUUUAUUGUGUUUGCAUUCAUCCCAGAGCAAGUGAAGACUGAGCUCCGGCUCAUUUUUGACUUGAUUCUCGGGUCAUUUCAGGGCUUUGUGGUUGCUGUCCUCUACUGCUUCCUGAACGGAGAGGUUCAAGCAGAGAUCAAGAGGAAGUGGCGGCGGUGGCACCUGCAGAGAUAUAUGAGCUCCGACACCAAAUACCAACACCCGUCUAUUGGCAGCAGCAACAACUUCAGCACCCAGAUCACCAUGCUGACACGAUGCAGCCCCAAAACACGCCGCGGGUCAUCCUCUUGCCACGACGACCUGUCGAGCAUGUGACUCUCACCAGCGGCGAAACGGAAAUACAUCAUAUUCUCAUGCCAUUCAGAACACACGCUGUUCAUGUGAGCUCCUGCAUAGAAAGAGUCACACACUUCCUCAUUAACACAUGCACUGAAGGAGGCUGUGGGUGUAACAGGGACAAAGGACAGGGAUUAGAAAAAAAGAGUAGUUUGUAGUAAUCAGCCUUUGAGCGGCUUUCAAUCUCCACGCUUCUUCAAAACGAGCUUUACAAGCACAGCUUUCACGCGCCUGACCGAGGAUCGCUGAGCUUCUCUCUUCAUGAGUCAGUGCAUGUGUGCAGAUGAAUUGCGAGUCAUAUCAUUAUGGAUCAUUUGGUCAAUUGAUAUUAAGGUCCCCGUGUGCUCAGACACCGGGCAAAGCCAAGUGUCUCAUGUUAAUGGGGUUAGGUGAAGGAUCCAAAUGUGAAAUGCACCAGCAAACACACAAUCUGAUGCAAUUAUACGCUGAUUAAAAAUCACUUAGGGGAGAGAUUGCUCCGGCUCCAAAUGAACAAGGCUGGUGCAAAAGACACAACUGUUAGAAGCUGAUGCUGUGAUUAUUUUAUUUUUUUACCGCGAGUGCAGCAAUAUUUCAGACAAAGAAAAGCACCAGUGAUGCAUUGUGGUUUUGUGGCGGGGGGGAAAAAAGUUUUGAAGCAUAUCUUAAGUCGACCAAAAAGAAUAAUACAGCAUGCAACCUUUUUGUUUUCCUCACCGUGUGGGCAGACGGAAAAAGAAAGACUGGCUGAAACCCAGGAAACUUUAUUUCCAUGCCCGCUAAAUGGAUGAGGCUUCACGCGGCGCGACUGCGGUGAUGCCGAUCCACAGUGAUGGUUUGGGAGUACAGAUGCCCUUCUCUGCACUAUCACUCUCAAAAGAGACUGAUUGCCCCUUCCCCUCCCUAUUAUCAGUCCAUCCCUCUUAUUCUGCGUGAUUCUGGGCCCGUGAUAGGCUUCAAGUGUUUGACUAUUCGAGCUGCUCGGGCAGUUUUCGUGCUGAUCACUGACGAGGGCCUGUUUCUGUGUUUUCAAGAGACACUUUCACUUCGCAGCAGCUCUGCAGAGGAAAUGCCUUUCAGCAGUGGAGUCCUCGAUUGUUUACAUUUACAAGGGAGGAGUCUUUUAACAUUGUACAGUGAGCAUACAGUGUAAAGUGUAAUGAAUUACUGUGGAUUGUGGCGCCUUACUGAUUGUAUUGCGGCUACAAUACCAGUAGUAAGUCACCGUUUGUUCGUGUUAUUGCAACAUGUGAGAUUUAAUGCCUUUCCCCGGGAACAUAAAAUCGUCUUGUAUACAAGCUUGUUUAUGUAGCGGCCUGUUUUUUAUUGUCAGGCAUAAAAGGGAAAGCCCAGCGUCACAUAUUACUGCACAGAUUCAUAAUACAGAAGACUAACACAUGCAGGCGGAGGAGAACCUUUCCUGGUCCUGACGCUUUGGAAGGAAUCAACCUUAGAUCCUUAAUCCUUUGCUGGUGACAAGUGUGAUUCUGAUUCCAACUUCUCAGCUGGAGGAGGUUGAACCCGACAGGUCAGCGGACACAAGCUGACAGGGAUGACUGGCCCUGUCACCUCGAUGUGCUCUUUUCAGCUCACAGGGUCGGACCUGAAAAGUCACUUUGCAUGUUUACGCACAAGGGAACAUCGAGAAGGUCCAGUUAUAUUUGCAAAAAUAAAUAAAAACUCAGCAUCUCAACCUACUUCUCUUCAGACAGAACACAAAGCAAAAUUUCGCACAAUUUCAGAACUUGACGGCUGGAUGGACGAUAUUUAUUUUGCUCAAGUCGACGAUGUACUGCACCGACUGUAAAGCAGCGGACACACCAACCACAUCUGUGUUUAGCUUUUCCUCAUGACACCUCGGUAAUCACCAAGCUCCUCAUGUUAUUUACCUCCAUCUUUGCGCUCUAUUUGUAAAGCUGUUAAAAAAAAAUCCUGGGUUUGGUGCAAAUUUUUCUCUCUUCGCCUUGAAACAUUUCUGAAAUAAUCUUCAAAUGCUCUUACCAUCAACUUUGCAUGCAAACGGGCCGCCUCUAAAAUUCACUUCACGUUCAUGCUGAACUAAUAUUGAGUACUUGAGAACUGUGUAUUUACUAUUUCCCUCAAAAAUUAUUCUUUAAAGUUUAUUCAAAGACAUUAUCCAGCCUUGUUUGGGGCCUGUCUUCUGUUGUCCAGCUCAAUGUGAGAAUAUGCCAGAUUUUAGUGCUUUGCUAAGCUGGCGUGGUCGUUGUGUGUCAGUGAGAUAACAUUGAAAAGGGAUAUUGAACCAACAAGCAUUCGGAUGUGCACUUACAGUAACUGUUGACGUAUGUAUAAUGUAGAUUUGUGUAUUUGCAAACUGGAUAUUGUGUUGUGCAUAUUUAAGAGCUGAGGUUUGGUCGUUCAAUGUGUGUAACGCUGGUGCAAUGUGUUGUGAAGCUGCAAAUGUACUGUAAGUAUUAAAUAGCUUCAGUUCUCAAUUGUGUCCACAUAAAGCCACAAGUUUUUAUGUUUAUAUAUAUAUAUAACUUGUUGUACAGUGUAUGUAAAGGUUGUUAUAAUUACAGGACAUUUCACUUUCCAUAACAAUGUGACCUUAUUUCACUCAAACUGUAUGAAAUAAAUUAUUUAGAAAUAUACAUGAAGGUGGAAGUGGAAGUCUUCAUUUUAAAGGUGAAAUGAUUUCAUCAUUGUUCAGAAGAAAAUCCUUCCUGACUGAAUACAACGACAUCUUGGGGUCUAAUUAAAGCUUAUUUUCAUAAAUGCUCUUUUCUACUUGACAAGAUCAUGACCCCAAGCCUGUUCAUUCUUUAUUUUACU